GCAACUCAACAAGUAGCAACUGAGAAGUGUUUUGUGCGCCGGCAGUUGAAAUAUUACGCGCUCGAUUGACGUUAUCGCAUAUCGUACUCAUACCUAAGCGGCACUCAAAUAUAGUAAAAAUUAUAGGAAAUUUUUUAGUGUUAACAACAAUAAUUUUACUCAAAAUAUUUAUACUUGAAAAUUGAAAACAUAAAGAAUAUUAACGAAAAUUUAGUGUAACCGCGUUGUGUACUUGAGAAAUAUAAAUUUGAACACAGUCACAAAAUGGUUUGCGUUACGGAGGAUACUUUUGGCACCGCAAUUAAUCCGCUGACCAAAGAAGAAGUGACCAUUAGACGCUUCACCAUCAGCAAUGAUCUCGGAAUGUCAAUGCAGGUGAUAACAUACGGUGCCACAAUAACAUCCCUAAAAGUGCCCGACUCUCACGGAACGGUGGAUGACGUUACACUGGGUUUUGAUAAUAUCGAAGGUUAUUUGAGCGAGAGUAAUCCGUAUUUUGGCUGUAUGGUGGGACGCGUUUGUAAUCGUAUAGGCAAUGGCAGUUUUACGCUUGAUGGCGAAAAGUAUGAAAUUACUAAAAAUCUGUUAGGGAAACAUACACUACAUGGGGGUAAGCACGGCUUCAGUAAAGUCAUUUGGGAGGUGGACCAAUUACUACCUGAUGGUGUUGUUUUCAAAUUUAUUUCGCCGGAUGGACAUGAGGGCUUCCCCGGUGAAGUAGUGGCCACAGCUACCUACACCAUCACUGAUAAUAAUUGCAUGCGCUAUUGUUUGGAGGCGAACACCACCAAGCCAACACCGGUUAAUAUGACCAAUCAUGCAUACUUCAAUUUGGCCGGACAUACUGCCGGUAAAAAGGGUAUGACAGAGCAUAUUGUCCAAAUCCAGGCAGAUUGCGUUACUGAUACCGACGAGGAUAUAGUACCGAAUGGUGAAUUUAUUAAUUUAGAAAAUCAUCCUUUGGAUCUACGAAAAUUGACAAACGUUGGUGUCGGCUUGGAGAAAAUAUCCAAAAUUGUCAAUGGCUACGAUCACAAUUACGUGUUCCAGUGCACGCCUGGUUGCGUAGAGAAACAAGCAAAGAUUUUUCAUCCGCCCAGCGGCCGCUACAUGGAGGUCUCCAGCAAUCAGCCUUGUAUGCAAUUUUAUACCGCGAACUUCUUGCCCGAUUUAGAGAAAUCCAACCAACCCAUGAUCACAGGUAAAGGAGACAUUUAUGAGAAGCACGGGGCGUUUUGCAUGGAAACACAAAGGUUCCCGGACGCAGUGAAUCAUGAAAAUUUCCCUUCAGUCAUAUUGACUCCAGGUGAAACAUACCAACACGUUUGUAUAAUCAGAUUUGGUAUUUAUGAUCCGAAUGAUGAGAGCCAUGGCGUUGUACUGUGCGACUGAGUUAAAGAAUACGAGAGCUAAGCGCAGAAACCUUGUCCUACUAAAAAAUCGCGGCUACUGAAUGUAAAUGCUAACAUGCACGUAUAUGUAAAAAGUACAUACAUAUAUACCUCUAGAAAUCAGUAGUAGUUUUACCUAAAGUUAACCACCAUCCGUAUAAAGAAAACCAUAUAUGAAGUCAUACACACAUAUUUAUUUAAACGCUCCGCUUAGUUACAUCAUUUGAGGUCAUUAAAUUCCAUCAGCCGUUUGGAAGUGCCUUGGAAAAAAUAUCGGAGUUUGUUUGUUCAAAAAAUAAAAACUCAACACAAAUUGAAGGAGAAGUUUGGCCAAAAACCGCUUCAAUGGCUACAAAGCGCCAAUUUAACAAUGACACAAUAAUCAAAACAAAAAAAUUAAUAAAUAAUAAUAAUAAUAGUUUUGUAAUUGCACAAAUUGCAAAUCCACUUGAA